GGCGACGGGAGGCGGGGAAAAGCGACGCAAGCAGUCGCGACGCCAUUUGCUGCCACCGAGCGUGGACGCUGGCGGAUCUCUGAAGAGCUCGGUCGCGAUCCUGUCUCGCGCACGCUGCCUGGCCUCCAGCACCUCCUUGGUCCCGUGGGCUCCCUCGUGUCGCUCCUCGGAGCAGGAACCGCCUCGGUCGCCGUUACCCGGAAAGAAGUUAGAGACCCCGCGAGGUCGCCGCCACCGCCAUGCCCAAGAAUAAAGGUAAAGGAGGUAAAAAUAGACGCAGAGGUAAGAAUGAGAAUGAAUCUGAAAAAAGAGAACUGGUAUUCAAAGAGGAUGGUCAGGAGUAUGCUCAGGUAAUCAAAAUGUUGGGAAAUGGACGGCUAGAAGCAAUGUGUUUUGAUGGUGUAAAGAGGUUAUGUCACAUCAGAGGAAAAUUGAGAAAAAAGGUUUGGAUAAAUACCUCGGACAUUAUAUUGGUCGGUCUCCGAGACUACCAGGAUAACAAAGCUGAUGUAAUUUUAAAAUACAAUGCAGACGAAGCUAGAAGUCUGAAAGCAUACGGCGAGCUUCCAGAGCAUGCUAAAAUCAAUGAAACUGAUACAUUUGGUCCUGGAGAUGAUGAUGAAAUUCAGUUCGAUGACAUCGGAGAUGAUGAUGAAGAUAUUGAUGACAUCUAAAUUGAACUCAACAUUUUACAUUCCAUCUUUUCUGAAGAUUGUCCUAAAAUUUGGAUUUCGACCAUGACAAAGAAGAUUAAAAUUUCAUUAGCAUGAAUGCAAUUUGUUAAAGCAGACUGAUUUGUUUCUAAGGUAUUUCUUGUUUUUUAAAAAACUGAUAACGCUGAAUUAUCUUAAGUGAGAUGUUAAGCCCACUUUGUUCUUUUAAUGUAAUGGAGCUUAUGGGUAGAAGACCAUGUCUACUAAUUACAAAAAAAAAAAUGCAUUGCUGCUUUUCCUGCCACUUCCAGUAAGAAAAUGGGUGUUUUGAAGAAAUCAUUUGCCUUGUCCUCACAGAAUAUGAUUAAGCCCUGGCCUCUUGAUUGUAUAGAGUCAUUGUGUAUAUUCCAAUUACCUAGAUAUUCCCUUGAGAUUUUGGUAAAAUUGAGGGAGGCAGAACUCUGCAUUUGAAGAAAAAAAAAUUAAGUCUGUUUGUCAUAUUUAAGUAGCCUGUGGCUAAUUUUAUACUGAUUUUGAUAUGCGUUCUUUUCAUAGUCGUAUUUUGCCACCAUAAACAUAAAAAAAAAAGUAUUUCCAAAAUGCAGUUUCAGAACCUGGGUUUUAAUAGCAAUUUUGAAUUUGUAAGCUUAGUAGUUGCAGAAAUUGAACACUAGGUGGCACUCAGUUAUCGUAACAGUGGAAGUACUGAUAUAAUUGUUGACUUUUCUUUUACUAUGUGUAAGAAAUACGCCAAACAUGAAAAGAUUGUUUUGAUCAUAUGCAUGUAUGUAGAAUAUUUUUACAGAGCAGAAAGAUUAUGUUAGAAGUGUGAUUUUUAUUUUCAGAAGUCAUGUACAUGUAAGCUACAAUUUUGAGUGCUUUAUAAACACUUAAGAUAUAUAUAAAUUUUAUUAGCAACUUGUAAAAAAAAAAAAAAAACUUGUUGAAAAGCCUUUUUCAACAUAUCCCUGAACUAAGGGAAGAGGAGGGAAUAACAACUCAAUGAAAAGAUGGUCUCCAAUUUCUGAAUGGAAAAGCUACAGCUGAGAAAUAAAAUGUCAUGCUGCAGAAUAUGUUAUACCCUUAUUUUGUGUUAAGGAUAUAUUUUAUUAUGUGAAUGGUUUUGGUUUUGUUUUCUGUUUUUGUUUUUUGCUUGUAUUGGGAGCUAGCUUUACUGGUAACGUCCUUAUUUAGUUUUUAGUGGUCAACUCUAAUAAAAUGAAACUAGGGCUGAGCUAGUUAACCCUCACUAGCCAAACUGAAAUUGUAUGCAACAUUAAAAGAAGAGAUCCAUCAUGUAGCUUGUGACACUUUUAUUUUAUUAGUCACCGGGGAACUUUUCAGUGAUGAAAAUACACAGGGCAAUAAACCUUCACAUGGCUUCAAAAGGAAAACAAAUCUUCUCUAAUCUGCUCUUACUGUAAUUUCCUAAGUGUACACCAAACUCUGGAUUUAAAGAUCUGAGGUACUAUAGAACAUUAAGUUGAGGAAUAGAAAUUAAGAGUACAUAUUCAUGGUUUAUAUUUCUUAUUCUAUGGAGUUCCUGAACACAUCUAGGUGGAAUGCAUCUGAGACUAAGGGCUGGUUUUUAAUACUCAUCCUCAUAAGAAACCAGCCUUGAAGAAUUAACAAUUGUCUUCAUCGGUAUUCUGAACCUCCUAAGAUAUUUAGGCUUCUGUACAUAAAAGUGUUUUUGCUAAAUUUACAGUAUGUAUAGAUCCUUUCGUAUUAUUUUACUAAGAAUGUUUGAACUUGGCAUAUUUGAUAUAGUUCCUGGUAGAAAUAGCACAGCUCAAACAUUAGUUUUUCUACUUGCCUCCUCUAACACAUGUGGUUUGUCUGGAGAGUUUCUAAAAAUUCAGCUGUAACCCCAGUUCAUAUAUUUGCUGGUGAUUGUUCUUGCUGAGGUAAAUCUCGAAUCAUAGUGAUUAAAAUAGUUGGGGUAAAGUUGUAGCUUAUAUGCAAUACUACUUGGAGGAAUUCUUCUAAUUUGUAUUUAAUGUGGAAAUUGUAUAGUUUCAUUGAUUUAAUCAUAAAUAAUGGAAAUGGUCUUUAAGCAGUUUUAUUUUUCAUUUUUUUGCUUAUACACUGAUUCCUAUAAUACAGUGCUAUAAGCUAUGCACAGAAAGAAAAUAAAACAUUUGAAAUCCAAGAAUAAUGGUUCUUACUGCUAAGAGGGAGUAAUAGUUAUUACUAAUGAUUUUGAUGGGGUUGCAUUUUUGAUGCAAUGUUUAUUCCACUUGCAGUUAGAAUAUGAAUAUGUUUUAUCACUAAUGCGGCUGAAUAACCAAACCAAACAUUUGUGUAAAAAAAAAAAAAUGCCAAGAUUUCAUUGUUUGUUGAACAUUAAGCAUCUAGCCCCUAAAGAGACCGCUUCUUACCGAGCCUGUAAACUAUGCAUGAUGGAAAUUCUUGUAUUUUAUUGAGGAAUGGCUGUUGGUUUACUCACCACAUCUGUGGAAUCAUGGCUAUAAAUGUUUGCUUACAAACUCUUUGUGACUUGUAAUUUAACUUAAUCUCAUCUAAUGUAAAUAUUAGAUUAUGAUGUUCAGUAACAUCUUUCAUAGGUAUAAACUGCUGUCAUUAUUGAUUUCAGAGUAACUCUGAGUAAUCAAACAGGUACAAGCAUGUUUUGAGUAAAAUAGCUAGAUUUAUACUUUACUUGUAUUGUAUACAGACUUAACAACAACCAGAAUUGACUGGAUUAACAGUUAAAGUGUCAGAAUGAAAGCGAGGUUUUUUUAAUGUUACCUGACUGUCGUAAAGAUGAAAAUGAUUUGUAUUGGUAUGAAAUGCUUAUUUUUAUUCUACUUAUUAAGGGUAAGUUUUAUUUAUACUCUUUGGACUCCCAUAAACUUUUGCACACUGCUUUGUGUUUUUGGUUUACCCUAAACUACCAUCCUUUUUAUCUUUGCUUUUUUUCUUCCUAUUCAGAAAAGAGCAAAAUGUGAAAAGACACUAGACUCUCAGGUAUAGAGUGAACUGAGCAGUUUGGAGGAUGUAUUGGACUUUGUCCUCUCUUAUUCCACCCUCCCAGCCCUGAAAGUUGCUAGGUACUUGUGAGGCAAUGUACUGGAGAGGGGAGAGCAUGGAUCCUGGGGUCAAAGGGACUUUGCCCCCACCCUUACUUGGCCCUCUACCUGCAGGUGACCACUGGCACAUUCUCCUGCUUGUCUCAGCUUCAGGUUCUUCACCUCUAAGAUGGGGAUGAUGAAAACAGUACCUGUCAUGCAGAGUUAUUGGGAGGAUUGAUAAUUUAGAUGUUUAUACAUGUAAUGUACUUAGAGCAGUGUCUGCCUCUUUUCACUUGAUAUCCAGUACUAUGUAAGAUAGAGGAUGCAUGUCUUCUAUAUUCUGUAUUUCCCAUUUCUUUUGCGUGCAGUCUUUGAUUCGUACAAUAGAAGGAACACGUAGAAUGUAUAUUUGUACAUUCAUGUCAACAGAGUAUUUAAAAUUGCUACCAAGCUCAUUUAAUUCGAUAUAAGACUAACAGAUGAAGUCUCUCAUUUGCUUGAAGAUAUUUUACAAAAUACUAACUGCUCUAUAUUUCUUUAGAGAAAGAUUAUAGUUACUAAUAUUGAUACCUCUGAUAAUAUUUUAUUCUUAAAUCUUCAGUGAUCCCUUUUACUAUAGAUUCAUGACAGCUAAUAAGUACUAACUGACUUAGAGGUGUCCUUUCCCAUCAUAUGGAAUGAUGUAAAGAAAUCAGAUACAAACUACUGCAAUUAGAAAAUAAAAUAUGAACAACUUUCAA